AUGUCGGGCGCUGGAAUGAGACUCAAGACAACCCUGGGUACAGAAACAUUCACUGCGGGAGAAGGCAAAAGUGCCAUACGCUCGUGCAUUGACCUUACUUUUGUCAGUCCGUCAUUGAAUGACAGCUGCCAGUCUUGCGAAGUCUACAAACGCAACCCUUGGCCAAACAACGACCACCGCCCGAUUCGAACCAUAUUCAACAUUGAGCCCUUCCGAGAUACGAGGCUGUACUACCAGUUUGACGAAACUGAUGAGAAAGUCUUCAACAAUUCCUUAGCCAGCGGUCUCCCACCCCUUGAUGAGUUGAAAGCCCGCAAGCUUGACAUGACAGAAGCAGAGGAGAUGACUCGGAAUAUCUGUUCCUCGCUGAAGACGGCAAUCGACAAAACUGUCCCGACCAAGCUGGCUUUCCCACCGCCCAUAUGCAGGCCUAUGGAUCCCAAGGCUCGAGAUCUGAUGGAGGGUGAUGGCAUUGCGUCAGGGCAUUCCGAGACGGUACCCGACAAACCCAACUGCCGGACCAUACGACGACGUGAAGAGCGAGCCGAAAAGAAGAAGCAGCCCAAUACCAACCGCGACGCGAGGUAUGAGGUUGUGCUUUCCACCAAUGGUAAAUAG